GCAGUCAUUUACGGCCAAUGGAAACAAACUGGAGGUUGGAGUUUUGUUUACUCGCGUGGGGGGCUAACAGUUACGGGCAGCAUGGACAGGGAGAUGAGGAAGACCAGUCAGUCCCACGGCUCUCGAACAAGACUCCUCUCCACGGAAGGACGGUCAGGACUGUCAGUGGUGGCGGGGGACACACCGUGGUUCUCACCGAUGAUGGAGAGGCGUUUGCAUGUGGGCAAAAUCACAGAGGCCAGCUGGGACUCGGCCACACUGCCAACUGCUCAACACUUCAGCACUGCUCGGGCCUGAAUCAGAGGGUCACAAAUGUUGCCUGCGGAUGGGAUUUUACUCUUCUUCUCACUGAUUUUGGUAAAUUGUUAGCCUGUGGCUCCAAUGUGUUUGGACAACUCGGUAUUGGUCCGACGGCGACACACUCUGCAGAGCUGGUGCUUGUUGAGGGUCUAAAGGAGCGUGUGGUAAGUGUAGCAGCAGGCCUCAGGCACUCAAUUGCUGUCACAGACUCAAGAUGUGUUUACCAGUGGGGGACAGGUCUCUGUAAUCUUGCCAAGAGAGCACUCAGUCCAGACCCUGUUCCACCACACCUCAACACCAAGGUUCCUUCACUGGUGCCAGGGAUGGAUCAGAAGAUACCACGCUCUGUCAUUGCAGGCUCAGCUCACUGUGUGUGCCUUACAGGUGUCACUUGUAGCAUGUUGCACAAAGCACAUAUUCCAAGUAUUCACAAAUGGCACAAGAAAAAUGUCACAAAGGCUUCCAAGCUACGAUCGGGAGAUGGUGAUUUAUUUUUGUGGGGAAGCAACAAACACGGCCAGAUCACUACCACAGAGCCUUUCUUGUCCACUCCAACUCAGCUGAAGCGCUCACUAUUUGGUGGAGAGAAAGUUGUCAAUGUGUGGAGUGGCUGGACUCACCUUGUUGCCCAAACGGAGAGUGGGAGAGUGUUCACAUGGGGUAGAGGGGAUUAUGGACAGCUGGGCCGACCACUGACAAGUGCUCUGAAUCAUGAGCAUAAGUUUGCAGAUGGUGAAAGCCAGCCUUACCUCCCUGCAGAGGUUAAAAGCCUCUGUGGAGCAACACAGAUUGCAUGUGGAUCUGAGCAUAAUCUCGCCAUUGUUGGGGGGCGUCUGCUUUCCUGGGGCUGGAACGAGCACGGAAUGAACGGAGACGGUUCACUGGCCGACGUCUUGGAGCCGCAGCUCCUUCCCGGUCUCACACCUUUUCUGAUUGGGUGCGGGGCAGGACAUUCUAUGGCGGUGUGCGCAGGGAAGACGUCUAAAGACCACUGCUAAAAUGCACACAUUCCACUUACAUUGGAGACAGCAUGCAACUAAGACCUGAAUUCCUAAAAUGUAAUUAUCAUAUGAAUGAACACACAUUUGACUGAAUUGCCUUUCUGCUUACCACCCCAUUGACGUGCAUAUGCAACAACUUUCACCUUCCUAUGCUCCACAGUAUCUUCUUUUGGUAGUUAAAUGCCUAAAGCGCGUGUAUGUCAUAAAUACCUAGACGUGUGGAUGUGACUUAUGUCCGGUGUGGAGAGAGGCCAUCAUUUCUGUGGCCUGCUCAUCACUUUGCUAUAAUGGCGGGCGAUAUCUUUACAGGACAUGGUCAUUCCUACACCUCCCGCCAUGUUGGCCCACCUGAAUGAAUGAAGACGUUAAGGCUGCUGCUACAACUCUCCAUCUUCCCAUGUCAGCGUUUUUAUUGCUGUGAUCUUGAACGUUGGGAGGCGCUGAUGCCCAUACUUCAUAGCACGUAUCUGUGUCACAGUGAUUUACUGAUUACACAUAAAUAUAUUUUUACCAUAACUUGUGUCACAUGUACUCAGAGAAUGUCAUGUUGGCACCUCUGUUCUAUACACUCAAUUAAUUCCCGACCCAUCUUCCUUAUUUUAUGAGCUGUGUAGGCACCUGCAGUGCAGUACCUGGGCAACAUGUGCAGGUCAAGGGCAAUGGGAGGCAUCAGCACAGCUUAUGGUUAAUGCUUGAAUUAUAUUUACCUUAUUUAUUCCUGUUUUAUUUAAACCCCAUUUAGGCAAUUGUAACAUACUUUUCAUAACAUAUGCACUAAUGAUUGUUAAAUGAAAGUGUUUUUACCAAGAAAAAUAAACAACUUCUUGAAAAUGA